GAGAGACGGUAAAGUCAAAAUCACCAAGCAGCUAAUUGAACGGAAAGAACUGCUUCAUAAUAUUCAGUUACUGAAAAUAGAGCUAUCACAGAAAAAUAUGAUGAUCGACAAUUUGAAGGUUGAUUAUCUUACAAAGAUACACCAGAAAUACAUCUACACGUGGAACAACUCCUACAGAACACCUACUGAACGCUGGCAGAAGACCUCAGACCUCCCAAAAGGCAAGAAACUCCCCCAUGUACCUGGGUAGGGCAAAAGAAAAAAGAAUAAACAGAGACAAAAGAAUAAGGACAGGACCUGCACCAGUGACAGGGAGCUGUGAAGGAGGAAAGGUUUCCACGCACUAGAAGCCCCUUCGCAGGCGGAGCCUGUGGAUGGCAGAGGGGGGAAGCUUCAGAGCCGCGUAGGAGAGCGCAGCCACAGGGGUGCGUAGGGCAAAGUGGAGAGGUUUCCACACAGAGGAUCAGUGCCGACCAGCACUUACCAGCCCGAGAGGCUUGUCUGCUCACCCGCUGGGGCAGGCGGGGCUGGGAGCUGAAGCUGGGGCUUUGGUCGGAUCACAUGGAGGGGACUGGGGUUGGCUGCGUGAACACAGCCUGAAGCGGUAGUGCACCAUGGCUAGCCAGGAGGGAGGCCAGGAAAAAGCCUGGAGCUGCCGGAGAGACAAGAGACUUUUUCUUCCCUUUUUGUUUCCUGGUGCACGAGGAGAGGGGAUUAAGAGCGCUGCUUAAAGGAGCUCCAGAGACGGGCACGAGCUGCGGCUAACAACGCGGACACCAGAGAUGGGCAUGAGACACUAAGGCUGCCGCCACGAAGAAGCCUGUGUGCGAGCACAGGUCACUCUCCACACCUCCGUUCUGGGGAGCCUGUGCAGCCCGCCACUGCCAGGGUCCCGGGAUCCAGGGACAACUUCCCUGGGAGAAUGCAUGGCACGCCUCAGGCUGCUGCAACGUCACACCGGCCUCUGGUGCUGCAGGCUCGCCCCACACUCUGUACCCCUCCAUCCCCCCGGACUGAGUGAGCCGGAGCCCCCGAAUCAGUGGCUUCUUUAACCCCGUCCAUCUGAGCAAAGAACAGAUGCCCUCCAACGACCUACAAGCAGAGGCAGGGCCAAAUCCAAAGCUGAACCCCGGGAGCUGUGAGAACAAAGAAGAGAAAGGGAAAUCUCUCCCAGCAGCCUCAGGAGCAGCAGAUUAAAUCUCCACAAUCAACUUGAUGUACCCCGCAUCUGUGGAAUACAUGAAUAGACAACGAACCAUCCCAAAUUGAGGAGGUGGACUUUGAGAAUUGAAGAAUUGGAAGAGAAGCUUAAUGAUGCACUUCACCAGAAGCAGCUACUAACAUUGAGAUUAGAAAACCAGUUGACUUUUCAACAAAAGGAUGCCAGAAAAUAUCAAGAACUAAUGAAACAAGAAAUGGAAACUAUUUUAUUGAGACAGAAGCAACUAGAAGAGACAAACCUUCAGCUAAGAGAGAAAGCUGGAGAUAUUCGUCGAAACCUGCGUGACUUUGAGUUGACAGAAGACCAAUAUAUGAACCUAAAAGGUCUUCCGGAAGAUCAGCUUUCUAUUCCUGAAUAUGUGUCUAUUCGGUUCCAUGAACUAGUGAAUCCAUUAAGAAAGGAAAUCUCUGAACUACAAGUGAAAAAGAAAGACCUGGCCGAAGAAUUAAGUGAAAACAAGGGUCAACUGAAACAACUGACUGAGACUUAUGAGGAAGAUCGCAGAAACUACUCUGAGCUUCAAAUUAGAUGUCAACGUUUGGCCUUAGAAUUAGCAGACACAAAACAGUUAAUUCAGCAAGGAGACUACCGUCAAGAGAACUAUGGUAAAGUCAAGAGUGAGCGUGAUGCACUUGAACAGGAAGUAACUGACUUAAGGAGAAAACAUGAAACACUUGAAGCCUCUCACAUAAUUCAAGCUAAAGAAGGAAGUGAAUUAUCAAAAGAGGUAGCCACCUUACAGCAUACUGUUACUUUACUGCAAAAAGAUAAAGAAUAUCUCAACCGCCAAAAUAUGGAGCUUAGUGUUCGCUGUGCCCAUGAAGAGGAUCGUCUUGAAAGACUUCAAACUCAACUUGAAGAAACCAAAAAGGCUAGAGAAGAGAUGUAUGAAAAGUACGUAACAUCAAGAGACCAUUAUAAAACAGAAUAUGAAAAUAAACUACGUGAUGAACUGGAACAAAUCAGAUUGAAAACUAAUCAAGAAAUUGAUCAACUUCGAAGUGCCUCCAGGGAAAUGUAUGAACGGGAAAACAGAAACCUCCGAGAAGCAAGGGAUAAUGCUGUGGCUGAAAAGGACCGAGCAGUGAUGGCUGAGAAGAAUGCUCUAGAAAAACAUGAUCAGCUCCUAGACAGGUACAGAGAACUACAACUUAGUACAGAAAGCAAAGUAACAGAAUUUCUCCAUCAAAGUAAAAUAAAAUCUUUUGAAAGUGAGCGUGCUCAGCUUCUACAAGAGGAGACUGCAAGAAACCUCACACAAUGUCAGUUGGAAUGUGAAAAAUAUCAGAAAAAAUUGGAGGUUUUAACUAAAGAAUUUUAUAGUCUCCAAGCCUCUUCUGAAAAACGUAUUACCGAACUUCAAGCACAGAACUCUGAACAUCAGGCAAGGCUAGACAUUUAUGAGAAACUGGAAAAAGAGCUUGAUGAAAUAAUAAUGCAAACUGCAGAAAUUGAAAAUGAAGAUGAGGCUGAAAGGAUUCUUUUUUCUUAUGGCUAUGGUGCUAAUGUUCCCACAACAGCCAAAAGACGACUAAAGCAAAGUGUCCAUUUGGCAAGAAGAGUGCUUCAGUUAGAAAAACGAAACUCGAUGGUUCUAAAAGACCUGGAACAUCAAAAGAACCAAGUAACACAGCUUUCACAAGAGCUUGACAGGGCCAAUUCUCUGUUAAACCAGACUCAACAACCUUACAGGUAUCUCAUUGAAUCAGUGCGUCAGAGAGAUUCUAAGAUUGAUUCACUGAAGGAGUGUAUUACCCAACUUGAGAAAGACGUCAGCAAUUUAAAUAAAGAAAAGUCAGCUUUACAGCACAUGAAGAAUCAAAUGGCAUUAGAUUUGGAACAACUUCUGAAUCAUCGUGAGGAAUUGGCAGCAAUGAAACAGAUUAUCAUUAAUAUGCAUAGUAAGCGUUCUGAGGACAACUUGCUUUUUACUAAAAUGGAAUCCAAAACUGUGACAGGAAAUCAGAAAUCAAAGACUUUGAAUGUGCCUAGAGAACAUGAAGACAAUAUAUUUAUACCCAAACCAACACUCUUUACCAAAAAAGAAGCACCUGAGUGGUCUAAGACACAAAAAAUGAAGACGUAGUGUUUUGGACAGAUUUGCUCUAUCAUUAUUUACUCCUGAAGGUCUUUUUCUGAUGAACAAAAUUUAUCUUAAUCACGUACUUGACAUUUUUUAAAUAGCUAAUUUAAAGUUUAUUUUAACUGAAUGUUAAAUUAACAAAUUAUCAUAAUAAUCAAACUACAUAAAGUGCAAAUAUUUGGUUUUAUCUAUUUUGUUACAAAAUAAAUAUUGUAUACUCUACUAUGAUUUAAAUAUUGAAGCUUUCGUAAUUCUUUAAGGCAUUUUAAACAUGUGGCUUAUAAAUAUUUUGAUUAGUUAUAUUGGUGAGUAUUUUUCUAACUAUAUAAAUUUUGAAUUUAAAUGUCAUAACACAAAUACCAAGACACCUUACAAUUUUUAAAUUAAUAGUCAUCUGUGAAGUCUACUAGAAGGCAUUUUAUAUGCCCAAUAAUGGUGGUCAGAUAUCAUGUAAGUGGA